GAGAUUCGUGGGAGUCGGCGUGGCUCGAGCGCCCAAGAAGAAUGCUAAUGCAAAGACGACUCCUGCGACGGGCAUGUCACGCACGUCGUUCCUGGUGGCAACCGCGGCGGCGCUACCGCUGCUGUUGGCUGGACUACAGUACGGCCUUGCUGGAGGAAACAUGCUGGUCUCCAAGGGGUGGGUAGCCGAGUAUGCUGACUAGCAGAUGGACGCAUUUGUGGGAAGAUGUGGGAAAUCGCAAGCUCAAAGAAGAAAAGGGCAGUGAAUCCAUAAAUCCAACCUCACCCACCUCAGGCAUCACACGUCCACAGCGCGUCCUCCUCCUUCUCGCCCAUCCAGACGACGAAGUCAUGUUCUUCUCCCCAGUCCUACAUGCACUCCUCUCUCCGCAGGGAAAUACGGAGCUAUGGGCAGCAUGUAUGACUUCUGGUCCUCCUGCUCUCAAGCUUACCGAGGCAGCCGAGGUCAAGAUCGAGGCCUCUUUUUCGCUAUUGAACAAUUCCCUCUCCAGUGACGCUCUUCCCCUUCGAGCACAAGAGUUGCUGAGAGCUUAUGCCCAUUUCCCUGGGAUAGGUCUAGAUGCAGCUGCCCUCGAGGGCUCCGCAAGAGCAGGCGCAAGAGCAGGCGCAAGAGCAGGAGCAGGGGCAGUGACAGAGCGAGUCCUAAUCUUCUCCGACCCUGAGCUCCAAGACGGGAUGACCGAGCAGUGGGACCCAAGAAGAGUGAGGGAUGUGCUUCUCAAAGGAAUGGAGGAACGCUUCUCCCAGCCCAACGUCAAUGGGAAGAUAAUGGAGGGGAAAUGGAAUUUCGACUGGCUCCUCACAUUCGACGAGGGCGGCAUUUCAGGACAUGCAAACCAUCGUGCUCUACAUGAUGCGGCUCCAUUAGUAGCUGAUGCUCUGGAAACACGAAGUAAAGCUGGAGCUGGAGUUGGAGCUGAAGCUGGAAUUGGAGAAAGAGGCAAGGGACGACCUCAAAUCUGGAAUCUCCCCACCCUUCCUCUUCCACUCAAGUAUGGCUCUCUCCCCUUUGCCAUUGUGCAGCGCGCUGCUUCCCUGCUCUUCCUCCCUCACCUCGAUCCUUCGAGCUCGCCAAGCAAGGACAGCACCGAGGACAGCAGCAGUAGGAGCAGCGGCAUCGGAGCGUGCCUCACCUUUCUCUCCUCCCCAAGGGAAUACCUCGUGUCACUAGCGGCGAUGCGAGAUGGCCAUACAUCGCAGAUGCUCUGGUUCCGGUAUGCGUGGUGGGGACUCAGCAGCUACGUGUUUGGUGGGAGGAUAUGCAGGGUGCAAUAGCAGAGAACGGUUGAGAGAGGGAGAGGGAGAGUGCGCUGCAGAGGAGCUUCUGGACGGGGCUGGUGGACGGGCGGGAGGGGUCACAUUUGUAUUUCAUAGGCAAU